UUGUUUAAGAAAUAUUUUUAAAACGAGUUUAUAUUAUUUAAAUAAUUUUAGCAAUGAACAUUUAUUACGAUUUAAUAUAGUGUUUUUUAUUAUAAAUCAUGUCUAACAUAAGUUUUUGGAAUCAACGACAACUCACAGUUUAGUGACAGAUCACACAACGUAUUCAUAAUUUAAGGUUAAUUUGUUGUCAACAGUAGGAAAAUUCCAAAACAAACAAAAAUGCUCUCUGCUAUGGUAAAAGAACAUCAAUCAAAACAAUCAUUAAAAAAAGAAAUUCAAGAGGCUAAAAGAAAAGAAGCUUGUGCCUCAGCUAGCGAUUUAACACAAGCUCUAGUGGACCACUUAAACGUCGGUGUGGCUCAAGCAUAUUUGAAUCAGAAGAAGCUGGAUGCUGAAGCUAAACAGCUUCAUACAAGUGCCACCAACUUCUCUAAACAAACCCAGCAAUGGCUUAAUUUGGUUGAGAAUUUUAGCAGUGCCCUGAAAGAGAUUGGUGAUGUGGAGAACUGGGCAAAGACCAUUGAAGGUGAUGUCAGAACUAUCACAACAGCCCUGGAAAUUGUUUAUAAAAACUCCCAAGAGUCUUCACAAAGCAGCCUUAAUAACUAACUGUUUUAUUAUUAAAUAUUUUAAUGUGAUAUUUUUAGGUUUAAAGUACUAAACUAAGUUCACUACAUUUUAAUUUUUAUUUCAU